AUGGUGGAGCAACUCCUCGGUGCACCAAUUUGCACGAUCCAUAUCGUGCUCAUCCUCCAUCCUCCAUCCCGCAAGUGGCUCUUCCCGCCUGCGCCUCUCGCCGCCGUCAAGGCCACCAGCGGCAAUCUGCAGGUGAGGCCGUGGAGCAAGAGGCAAUCGUUCCAGCUUGUGACCGCGACGGGCCAGCAAGUCGCACCGAACGUGGAUCCUCAGGUUCUGCCCGACGAGAAGCUCGCGCAGGAGGAGUGUUACGGGCGCGUUGCCAGACCAGAUGCAGACCGCGGGCACGAGUGUCUCCAGGACAGACUGCUGGCUUCUGAAGGCGACGAUCGCGAUGUACGCCUGCCCAGUAGACUCCAGAGGCACAUAGAACGCCUCAUUUCCCUUGAAUCUGAGUCCGAUUAUCUGCGGCUACAAAUCGAGCACAGCUCGGCAUCGUUGUCUAUGUUAUUCAUGCCUCAGGAUGUGGCCCGACAAGUGUUCAUCAGGCCACUGAUCGAUCUUCCUGAAGACUUCACGCAAGGUCUAGCUGAAGCCAACAUCGUACUGUCUGAUAUCAACCGGCUGACCACGGAACGUCGGCGGCUCCGCGAUGAGACGAUAAAACUCUUCAAUCGGACGUCUGCAGAACUGAUUGCAGCAAACGAUGGGCCGCUGCAACCCGCAAGGAACGGAAUCGUCCAACAACACCUUGCUCGGCUGCGAGGCAUCAGACACGUCUUGACAACUCAGCGGGAACAACUUGUGGAUUUGACAAAGAAGCUUAUGGAUGAAUUCGAUUCUUUGGUCGCCACCCCGAAGGUUCUCCCGGAUCAGGCUGGCUCGCCCAUCAAUGUAGUCGAUCUCAGAACUGCCCUUCAGGCAUUCAUCGACCUCUGCCGGGGCGCUCGAGCACACAGCAGGGGCUGUGAUCGUGCAAUCAGCCGCAGCGAGGAGCUGCUGGGUCUGUUGAAUAGAGAUAUUCACGAAGAUUGA